UUCGUUGCCUAGUUUUUCUUUUUACUUUUGGUGUGUAGUUUAGUUGGCUGUAAAAUUUAUUCUCGUAAUGGCUGCCACGCUAAAAGUAUAGCUUAUUGGUUAUGUCAUGUAUAUAGGACAAGUGUUCGUGUGUGAAAUUAGUACCUACAAAUCAACAAGUGUUGCGAACAGUGAUCAUAUGAAAACAGCGUAAUCUCAAUCUCCCUGGAACGUUUCCUCUUUCAUGUUUCCUUUUUUGGCAAUUAAGUUAUGGACUCGGCGUUUGUGUACUGUAUGUAGUAAAAAAAUAAUCUAUGCACCGUGAUAAGUGUCCGUAUUAACCAUAUUGAGUGCCAAGUGGGUAGUCAGUAGCAAAAAUGACCGAUACGCGAUCGUCAUCGGCGCUGUUCAAGCGAGCCGAGCAGCUGAAGAGAUGGGAGGAAUCCGAUACCAACAAACAGUCGCCGACACCGAAGCGGGCUUCCAGGAUACAAUUCUCGUCUGGUAUAGUUUUUCUGGCGGCAUGUACGUCAGGUGACAAGGACGAGGUUCAACGGUUACUGAAAAUGGGCGCGGAUAUAAAUACGGCUAACGUGGACGGAUUGACGGCUCUCCAUCAGGCGUGUAUCGAUGACAACUUGGAUAUGGUCGAGUUCCUAAUAAGUCACGGUGCCGAUGUGAACAGAAGAGAUAAUGAGGGCUGGACCCCGCUGCAUGCUACUGCGUCAUGUGGAUUCCUCAGUAUAGCAAGGUAUCUUCUGGAAAAUGGGGCCGAUGUAGCCGCCGUGAAUUAUGAUGGUGAAUUGCCAGUUGAUUUGGUCGACAUUGAGGCUAUGGACGAGCUGCUUCAAAAAAUCAUUGACGAGAAAGGUAUCGAUUGCGAGAAAUCACGUAACGCAGAAGUGGACACCCUAUUGAGCGACGCAAAGAAUUGGGCAGCUAACGGCUAUGUGGAGGUACGGGACCCGAAAACGGGGGGAACGCCACUACACGUCGCAGCCGCCAAGGGUUAUAUCGAUGUAGCGAAAACCCUUCUUAAUGAAUGCAAUGCAGAGCCCGACAGUGUGGAUUACGAAGGCUGGACGCCAUUGCAUGCAGCUGCACUUUGGGGACAAAAGGAUGCUGCUGCCCUAUUACUCAAGUAUGGUGCUGACCCGCACCUAAAAAACUACUCGGGACAAACCUGCAUGGACCUAGUAGACCCUAAUAUAUCGUCGUGGUUAGCUGAUGCGACGCUGAAGUUACCGCGCCGUGUCAACAAUAACAACAACAAUAAUAACAAACGCAAGCGUAGUCCACCAAAGCACGACGUUAAGCGAGUUGAACUAGAAAUCACUGGACAGCCGGACACUAUUGUUAAUGACAAGCCGCCAGCCGCGCCCGAAAUCAUAACAAAGUUGGCAGACGGCAAACCACCUAAGGGCCGGGCGCCAUCGCCAGACGUUACCGAACAAGCAGAAAACGUAAACACAGAAGAGGCGCCGUCAUGGCGUCGGUCGGCUUCCUUCCGUAAUAAGCAACAAGAAACACCUAGAGAUAAUAAAACGGCAAAUAGCUCUGUUGAUAAUGAGACUAUUUUAAGAAGAACUCACAGUUUCGAAAAUGAUAAGACUUUCUAUCAACGGUACCGUGACGUCACCGCACGCAUUAAGGCGUCGUCGUGCCCGUCAAUACCGCCGCUGAAGUCCACGCUCGCCGCCAUCGAGCUCAGGAUAAAAAAUCAGGAGACUAACAAUACUUCAGAGAGUACUAACGAAGAUGUACAGACCAGGAUAAGUCCGUCAGAACGAAGAGAUCGGGAAGCGAACACGUGGUCGGUACCAGCCACUACCGCGGGUCACACCAAACCAAACAACACAACCACACAAACCACAGUCAGAAGUUCCGAGAGUGUGGAGUCCAACAGUAGCAAUUCUACGCCCAGCUCGACCACGCAGACGAAACUCUCCCCCGGGAACAUAUUCAAGAAUUUCUUCAAGUCUUUCGUACCUCCUGUUCGAGAUGAAGAGAGUGAAACACAAAGGAAAGCACACGCAAAACGCGUUCGCGAGACGAGGCGCUCCACGCAGGGCGUGACGCUCGAUGAAAUUAAGUCUGCCGAGCAGUUAGUAAAGAAGAAGACUGGUAAUGGAACUACGGAGAGUCCCUCCCCAGCCAGCAUGAAGAAGGAAGAUGCCUUAACACCUGCCAUAGCGGACAAUGGUUCAUUUGAGCUGGAGGAUGCGGGUCGGUCGUCGCCACGCUCCGUUACGACCACGAACCCGGUCAUAAGUACUACGACGACGGCGCCGGUGACCACGACAGCGAACGCCACGGAAACGACCGUAACGCUGCCGCUACGACGUCCGCCCGCGGGUUCUACUGCGAACACGACGUCCACUCCCCCUAAAGAAGACAAGGAGAAAGGUGAAGAUGAAAAAGAACGGGAGAGUAGUACCGAAAGUAAAACGUCAAGUAACGCGUCGCCAGCAAGUACUCAAGCGGCGCUUAAUGUUAUACAGCGUCGUCGGCGACCGAAGCGGCGCUCUACUGGCGUCGGACAUGUUGAUAUGGAGGACAUCGUGAACGACCGCGGCGGGGGCGGAGAAGGCGACGGCGAGCCUGAAUCUCUUCAGUCUGGUAGUGAGCGCACAGAGGAAGGGGAUGAACGUGACUACAAAGCUUUGUACGAAGCCUCCUCCAGCGAGGUACGCCGCCUAAGGGCAUUGCUGAGUACCUCCGAACAACAGUUGCGCGACGCUCGCGCAACUAUUACCAGGCUCACACAAGUGAGUCAGAACUCGUUGUCAGAAAUAGAAAAGCGAGAAAAGAGAGCUAUGGAGAGGAAAUUAUCGGAAAUGGAGGAGGAACUAAAGUGCCAACAAUUGCUGCAAGCGGAGAACCAGCGCUUAAAGGAUGAAAACGGUGCGCUGAUCCGAGUGAUCAGCAAACUGUCAAAGUGAAAAACUAGGCCAUACAGAGUUUUAACAAUUUAUUCUACAAUUUAUUGAUGUACAGUCAGAUACAUAUUGAAUCAAAUCAAAUUAAUAUAUACACUAGUCUACAAGGAAACAUAUUUGAAAUAAUUCUAAUUAAUUUCUACUUAUACAUACAAUAUAAGAUGAUAA